CGGGCGGCGGGUCAGAGCGAGGGGCGGCGGGGCGCGGCCAUGCCCGGGCUGUGGGAGCGGCUGGCGGGCGGACAGCGGGGCGGUAUGGAGAGCUCCGACUGCGAGUCGGUGGGCAGCGCCUCCGGCUCGGAGGGAGAGCCCGAGCUGAGCUCCCUGCCGGACCUGGAGCUGCUGCACGACCCCGAGGACGAGCUGCUGAGCGCCCGGCUGCUGGAGCUGCUGCAGGCCGCGCUGGGCAGCGCCCCGCUGGGCUCCCGCCGCCGCUCGCGGCUCCUGAUGCCGGCCCGGCUGGCCGAGCAGCUGCGGAGCGAGCUGCUGCGCAUGGCCUGCAGCGAACCGUGCGGGCUGCGGGGCGCCCUGCUCGACCUGUGCGUGGAGCACGGCAAGGACUGCCACGAGCUGGGCCGCAUCGCCGCCGACCCCGCCGUGGUGCCCACCUUCCAGCUGACACUGGUGCUGCGCCUGGACUCCCGGCUCUGGCCCAAGAUCCAGGGGCUCCUCGCCUCGGCGCCGGCGCUCAGCCCCGCGUUCGGGCAGGCCAUGAAGCUGAGCACGGGCUUCAGGGUGAUGAAGAAGAAGCUGUACAGCUCGGAGCAGCUGCUGGUGGAGGAGUGCUGACGGGAGCCCGACCGGCUGCGAGCGGGGCCGCCCGCGGUGCCCGCUGUACCGGGGAGCCCCGGGCUGUGGUUGCGGGCCGGGAGGAGCUGGUGGCCGUGCCCUGUGCUGGGCAGCGGGGCUGAGGGGGGCGGGCGGCCUCCCCGUUCUGUUUUUGUAACCAUGAUUGUAAUCAAUGGGGUCUGUGGGGGAGGGAGCGUGUGUGUGUGUGUGGGACUGAGCUGAGCCCGGGUCACAAGGAACCCACUGCUGACACCUGGCAGCUGCACUCCGGGUCAUUGUGCGGCAGCGGGUCCGAAAUGGCGUGUUUUUGUCACGGGGAGAAGAGAAACCUGGUGUGUGAAUGGCACGGGAUGGAGGGCGGGACCCCUCGGUACAGCCCGUGCGCUUCAUUGAUUACAGUUACACUCAUACACUUGAUGUUCAAGUGCGAGACUUCCUAUGCAAUUGUGUCUUUUUUUUACUUUUCUAAUAAAAUUUGACUCAUCGAUA